GCACAUUGGCUCUGAAGUUCGAGCAGAAGACACAGCACAACCGAUGACUCUCCAAAUUCAAGUCUAGCUGCGAGGGGCGAGACAAGUGCCUGAUCUCAUUGGAGAAUGAUGUUUAAGCACAUUUCUCUCUUCCCCCAUGCACCUUGUGUGGCUCUGGGUUUCGCCAUUGCUCGAAGACUUCUCCAUGGUGGACUGGUUAAAAUUCACCCAGAGGUCUCAGAAGCAAUAACCAACAAGAAGGCUGUGGUGGCUUUGGAGAGCACGAUCAUCACACAUGGCAUGCCACGCCCUCACAACCUGAAUACUGCUAAAGAGGUUGAACAGAUAGUGAAAGAACAUGGGGUGGUUCCUGCAACAGUUGGCGUUGUGAAAGGUAAGAUUCAUGUAGGAUUGUCAAACAACGACCUGCAGUACCUGGCAGAAACCAAGAAAGUGCUCAAGGCAUCGCGAAGGGAUCUACCCUACAUCCUCAGCAAGGGCUUAUCUGGUGGUACCACAGUUUCAGCUACCAUGAUGAUAGCACACAAAGUUGGCAUUCCAUUGCUUGUAACUGGUGGGAUCGGAGGAGUGCAUCGUGAUGGACAAAACACAUUGGAUAUAAGCACAGAUCUGACUGAGCUGGGACGCAAUCCUGUCACUGUGAUUUCAGCUGGAGUCAAAUCCAUCCUGGAUAUUGGACGAACACUGGAAUACUUGGAGACCCUUGGGGUAUGUGUGGCGACAUUUGGAAAAUCACGUGACUUCCCAGCAUUUUUUAUUCCAAAAAGUGGUUUUCAAUCCCCUUACAAUGUCACUGAUGAAGAGGAAGCAGCCCAACUUAUUGCCAAUGCCCAUAAAUUUGGCCAGGACAGCAGUGUGCUGAUAGCUGUCCCUAUUCCAGAGGAGCAGGCAGCAUCAAGCCUGAUUAUUGAUGAUGCGAUCCAGCAAGCCUUGGAAGAAGCAAGGGAUAAAGGUAUCCUGGGCAAAGAUGUUACUCCCUUUGUUCUGAACAGAAUUUAUGAGCUCACCAAAGGAAUUUCACUGACUACCAACAUCGCUCUCAUCAAGAACAAUGCAAAAGUAGGCAGCCGCAUAGCCUGUGCGCUCACCAGGCAGAGUUACCGUAAGUUCAGCACCCUGUCACAACCACCAAGGGCAAAGCAUGGUGCUCUUGCACAGCCAGUAGUGAUUGGUGGCUGCAAUGUUGAUUUCAUUGCAAAGGCAAAACAAGGCAAUUUGGUGUUCAACGGAUUCACAAACAAUGGCACUGUACAGCAGUCAACAGGGGGAGUUGGCAGAAACCUUGCAGACUGCCUAAGUCGCCUAGGGUUGAAUCCACUUUUCAUCUCCGCCAUCGGAAAGGAUGCAAAUGGAGACGCAGUUCUUCGCUUUUGCAGUCAUAUGGAUACCAGUGCUGUGGUAAUGUUACCAGGACAUAGCACAGCUGUGUACUGUGCAGUGAUCACAGCGAAUGGAGAGUUAAGCCUGGGCCUUGGAGACAUGGACAUUCACUGUCAAAUAACAGAGCAAUAUGUUUCUAAGUUCAAGGAGCAACUCCAGUCAGCCUCAUUGGUGUGUCUAGAUGGAAAUAUCCCCACGUCAACCAUCAAUUAUGUCUGCAGCCUCGCAGAAGAACAUGGAAUACCAGUGUUGUUCGAACCGACAAACAGUAUCUCGGCUUGCAAACCAUUCAAGUCAGAUAGUUGGAAAAGCCUGGCAUACACAUCACCCAAUCUGAUGGAGCUACGGUCAAUGAAUGAGGUGCUCGGAUUACCAGUACCAGCAGAGUUGCCCUCAGUGAUGGAUGAUGUCAUUGGUGUUGCGCUGGACAUGUCACGGCCACUGUUGAAACACUUGAAAUGUGUGAUUGUAACCUUGGGUCAACAAGGUGUGAUUCUAUGUGGUAAAAGUGAAGAAGGAACUAUUUCUCUUCAACCAAAGAAAGCCCCUAAGAUUGUACCUGGUAAGAUUUGUGCUAUCCAUUACCCAGCAAUUGCUGUUGAAACAGAAGAAAUAGUGAACGUAUCUGGAGCUGGUGACAGCCUUGCUGCUGGAAUUAUAGCGGGUAUUCUGACAGGACAGGAAACCCAUACCUGCAUCAGGAUGGGGUUGUUGGCUGCCAGCUACUCACUCAGGUCACAAGAAGCCAUAUCCACAUUAAUCAACACAGACAGUGUGAACCCACAGCAGGUCAUCGACAGAGUGUGGCAGCAACCGACAUACCAUUGUGAGAACAAGCCACCAACAGCGAACAAUAACUCCCCAGAUAUUUGAUCAGAUGGCAACUUGCUUAUUUGGGAUUGAUGAAAAAUAGCCAGAUAUGAUGUUGGCUCAAAGAGUCCUUGGUUAACUAAUUAUGAACAAUUAUUAUUGCAAUUCCUACUAAUUCACACCAUUAAACCGCCCAGAAUUUAACACUAAU